AUGGUGUUGAUACCAGAUGGAGCUAUGAGAAAUCUGCUGUGUCUCAUCACAGAUCCCCACUGGCCCAAGGGAAGUUUAGUUAAACAACAACGACAAGCCUCCAUCGAUGCACUCGAAAGCUCGGCUGACGCUGCCUGGCGCUGGAACCAGGAAGGCGGUGAGCUUAAACUGCAGCAAGUUCGGAGGACGCCGGCGGCGCCCAGAUUUGAAGGAACGUUUCUAGGUCUGUGGAGCCUGCAAGUCAACGCGAGGCCUGAGACCGAAGGCCCGGACCCAGAAAUGGGACGCCGGUCUUCAGAUACUGAAGAAGAAAGCAGAAGCAAGAGAAAAAAGAAACACCGUAGACGGUCAUCUUCAAGUAGUUCUUCAGAUAGUAGAACAUACAGCCGAAAGAAAGGUGGAAGGAAAUCAAGGUCAAAGUCAAGAUCUUGGUCCAGAGAUCUUCAGCCUCGCUCUCAUUCAUAUGAUAGAAGACGCAGGCAUCGAUCAAGCAGUAGCUCUUCGUAUGGCUCUCGAAGAAAACGAAGUCGAAGUCGUUCAAGGGGUCGAGGGAAAUCCUAUAGAGUUCAGAGAUCUAGGUCAAAAAGCAGAACAAGAAGGUCUAGGUCAAGACCUCGUCCACGUUCUCAUAGUCGAAGCAGUGAAAGGUCCAGUCACCGAAGAACCCGUAGUCGGUCUCGGGAUAGAGAAAGACGUAAAGGCAGAGAUAAGGAGAAAAGAGAAAAAGAGAAGGAUAAAUGCAAGGACAAGGAAUUACACAACAUCAAACGUGGGGAAUCCGGAAACAUCAAAGCUGGAUUAGAACAUCUGCCACCAGCCGAACAGGCCAAAGCCAGACUACAGCUGGUUCUUGAAGCUGCUGGUAAGUGCUCAUGAUUAACUUUAUUUAAAUGAAAACGUAUGAAAUAAAUACUGACGUGCUUA